AUGGGCAACUUCUCCAACACGUCGAGCUGCUGCGGCGGCGCUUUGGGCGGGAACCUGCCGUGGGCCGUCACCUACGCCCUGCUGUCGGUGGCGGGCAGCCUGGCCAACCUGCUGGUCAUUUACCUGGUGUGCUCGGUCCGGCGGCUCCGCAGCGCCAGCAACGCCUUCAUCGUCAACGUGUGCGCCGCCGACCUGCUGGUCUGCGCCCUCUGGAUGCCCCAGGAGGCGGCGGCGUUGGCUCAGCCGCCGGCCGCAGCCGCGGCCCCGGCCGCUCGGCGCGCCUUCGGCGGGGCGCUGCUGCUCCUCGGGCUGCUCGCCUCCCUCUUCUCGCACUCGCUCGUCGCUCUCAACCGCUGCGCGCUGAUCACCAAGGCGCCGGCAGCUUACCGGGACCUCUACCGCCGGCGCAACGCCGGGGCCAUGCUGGCGGGCUGCUGGCUGGCCGCCGCCCUGCUGCUGCUGCCCUGGCUGGCGGCACAAGGGGGCGACAACCGCCCCCAGCCCGGGGCUUGCAGCUGGCUGCCGCUCUUCGGCGCCGCCCUCACCCGCGGCUGCUCGCCGCCGCUCGGCCCCUACACGGCGGCCGUCACCGCCGCCACCAUCCUGGCUCAGACCGCCGUCCUGCUCUGCGCCUACUGCAAGAUACUGCGCCGGGUGCGGGUCAGCGUGAAGCGGGUCAGCGUCCUCAACUUCCAGAUCAUCAACAACCUGUCCUACCCCUUCGCCAGGAAGGACAAGAGGUCCCGCUCCUACGUCUCCUUCGUCCUGUGCGCCUUCCUGCUGAGCACCGAGCCCCUGCUGUGGGUGCUGCUCUUCGGGCUGUUCCAGCCGGUGCCCGCUCCACUCUCCGACCUCGCCUGGCUGCUCUUCACCCUGCUCUUUGUGCUCAGCCCCUACCUCUACACCCGCAAGAACGAGGAGUUCAGGAAGUCCCUGCGGACUGUCCUCGGCAUGGAGCGGGCCAGGGCGUCGGUCGGCGUCGAGCCGGCGAUACACGCGGUGUGCCGGUGACCCUGCCGCCUUCAGCCCGGAGGCCGAGCUGUGCGGGAACUUCACACUGAACCGACGGCGCCACGGAUUCAAGUUUGCCGGAAUGUCAAAGACUGCACUGAUAAUCGAGCUGCUGGACUAUCAAACAAAAAUCGUGAUGCUGCUUUUACAGUGGUGCCCUCCGUGGGAUCUGUCCGAAGCCAAGUGCAACUUUGUGUGCCGCGACUUGUGUGUGUGUGUGUGUGUUGUAUGUUUGCACGGAGGUGUGUGUGUGUCGGGUUUAUGUUGGACAACACUUGACUUCUCUGAAACAGAAGGCGUUAUCCUGCCGCCUGAUUCCGUUUCAUCCGCGGGACCUGGGUGUGGCCGGUUCGAUCAGCAUGUAUAGCCCGGUUCUCACCACAUUUGAUUUAAGCGGCUGGGGCGGGCCAGUAAGGAGUUCCCACCUGGUUUGUGCCGUGGAAUCACGCGGCAGACGUCCUCCCGGUGAGGCAGCGGUGAACCAUUUUUAAAUCACAAUUCGGUAGUUUCAUGAUCACUUUUACUCACGUUGUUGGAGGUUUAUUUAUUAAGUGUAUUUCAACCCUCAUCUGCCUUGGUCGUUUUAAACUCAUGCCAAAAAAAACAAUCCGGAUUCUGGACACUUGCCUACUAAUCUAAACACCGUGUUAUCCCGUGCCCUCGUGUGCUUUUUAUUGUCAAUCAACUUGACUUUCCCAAGAGUAGAUCCAGGCAAGAUCCAGACAUUUUAAUAGCAGCGGACCCUGGUUGAAUUUGCCUUUACAUUUAGACAGGUGUAGGCGAGAGAACAAAACCACAUCACGAGAUAGUGUCAGCCCCUCACACACACGAUUGGCUAGUGGUAAUUGGUAAUUUGUUUAUUACUGACACACAUACCGGGAUGCAGUGAAAAGCUUUUGUUUGUAUGCCAUCCAGAUAGGUUAAUCCAUACAUAAGUACAUCGAGGUAGUAAAAAAGGACAACAAAACAAUGCAGAAUAGAAUGUUACAGAGAAAGUGCGGUGCAGGUUAUAGGUUAAUCCAUACAUAAAUACAUCGAGGUAGUAGAAAAGGACAACAAAACAAUGCAGAAUAGAAUGUUACAGAGAAAGUGCGGUGCAGGUGGACAAAUAAACUGCAAGUAAAUUGGGAGGUCAAAAGAUUAUCUUUCGGCGAAUGAGAGGUGCGUUCAAGAGUCUGAUAACAGAAAGAAGCUCUGCUUGAGUCUGGUUAUCAUUACCCGCUGAGUUUGGAAUGCAUUUCAGAGCUGAAUUUUGUAUCUGGCGUUCGGAAGGUGCGAAGUAUUUCCCGAGGAGAGAACCAAACCGAAGGAGAGAAGUAUAAACAGAAAAUUGUGGAAACACUCAGCAGGUCAGGAGGAAUUUAAAACAGAGGGAUUAUGUGGGAGGAAGGGGUUAGAUAGUUUUAGGCGAGAUUUAAAGGUCGGCACAACAUUGUGGGCCGAAGGGCCUGUAUUGUACUGUACUUUCUAUGAUUCUAUGCGGUCAGGUAACAUCUGUAGAAAGAGAAACAGAGUUAACAUUUCAGGUCAGAGACCUUUCGUGAGGAUCUCCAAAACGUUCACUGUAACGUUAAUUUUGUUUCUCUUUCCACAGAUCCUACCUGACCUGCCGAGUGUUUCCAGCAUUUUCGGGUUUUAUUUCAGAUUUCCUUUAUCUUCAAGUUUUUUUCCCAUGAGGAAACAAAUUCAAGCACCAGGAAGUGAUUGUAGAAAGUUGGGCGUAAGAAGAACAGAAAUGUUUAACUUUUUUCCCCUCAAGAACUGUGGAAUUUUGGAAUAAAUGAUGAAAUGCCAACUGAACUAACAACAAAAUUGGUUUUGAGAAGCAAUGAGAUAUAUUUUUGUCGAGGGACGUGAAGGUUUAGGCCGUCUAUCAAAGACAGAUGGCAUUUCCGUUUGAUAAUUUCACAGAUUUGGACAAAAUUCCAACAUUUUCACAGAUGUACAAAGGAAGGAGGCGAGGCACGCCCGACGUUUUCAUUAAGUGAUUGCGAGCCUUUAAGAAAACUUUAUA